UGAAGAACAUAGAUCUAAAAGGCUUCUGUACCAUCAUGAAUGAAGAACAAGCAUCAAACUCUCCUCAACUAGACACCAUGGUCUCCAAUGGCCUCACCAUCAAAACCUCCUCAAACACUUCCACAACCAAAACAACAACAACAACAGGUAAAGACAGUUCCUUGCCUUCUCCAAACAUCCAAUCCUCCCCUAUCUACUCUCCUUCUCUUGUCUCCCCACCUUCCUCAGCAUUUGUCUCAGCUCUUCAAUCCCCAUAUAUCUCUCCAAGAGUCUUAAGCCCAAAACCCCAAGAAAGCCCAACUCACCAACAACAACCAAUCUCCUACACUCACUCUGAUGACAUCCCAAGCAGUUCAUACACACCCCCAUCAGACCAGUAUGAGUACUCAGACAAUGACCCAAUGAAGCUCAAGUUCGACUCUUCAGCCCCUCCAAGAAUCUCGUUCUCCUUUCCUGUCCCUCGAAUCUCAUUUGCCAAAGGAGGCUCUGUUUCCCCUGCUCGAAACUCAAAUGCUAAGCUGAGAAGCUGUGACGUCUACAUUGGGUUCCACGGUCAAAACCCAAACCUGGUUCGAUUCUGCAAGUGGCUUAAGUCCGAGCUCGAGCUUCAGGGCAUUGCUUGUUUCGUUGCUGACAGGGCUAAGUACUCGGACACUCAGAGCCAGGAGAUUGCAGACAGAGUCAUCUGCUCUGUUACUUAUGGAGUUGUGGUUGUUACUAGUUCGAGUUUUCUUAACCACUUGAGCUUGGAGGAAGUGAGAUUCUUUGCGCAGAAGAAGAAUCUGUUUCCUGUUUUUUUCGACACUGGGCCGGGGGAGAUUAUGGGUCUGCUGAACUACAAUUCGAUUGAUAAGGAGUGUAAGGAGGCCAUUGAUGGGUUGAUGAGGUGUAGUGAGUUUAAGCUGGAGGCUAAUGAGUGUAACUGGAGGAGCAUUGUGUCCAAAGCGGCUGGGGUUUUGAGGGCAAAGCUUGGGAGGAAGAGUGUGUCUUUGAGUGAGAUUGAGGCUGUUGAUGAGCUGCCUUUUCCGAGGAACAGGUUUUUCGUGGGGAGAGAGAAGGAGAUGAUGGAAAUCGAGACGGCUUUGUUUGGUUCUUGUGGGGAUUAUUUGGAGCAGGAAUGUUCUGUGGUUAAAGGAGAAGCUAGUGGACAAUCUGAAGGUUUGGCUGAUGAGGAGAGUGAGGUGGUUACAACUAGAGGGAGGUACAUUAAUUUGGAGAUGGGGAAAUGUAAAGAGCCUAAUUUGGAGGCUUGGAUUGAACCUGUCGUGGGGCGAAAUUUGUUCAAGAGGUCGAAGCACAAGAAGUCGAAAAGUGGGAAUUGCAAGAGCUUGGGGAGCAGUGUGAUAUGCAUAAAUGGGGUUCCUGGCAUUGGGAAGACUGAGCUUGCAUUGGAGUUUGCUUACAGGUAUUCGCAACGGUACAGGAUGGUGUUGUGGAUCGGGGGUGAAGCUAGGUAUUUUAGGCAGAACAUAUUGAAUCUGUCUCAGAAUUUGGGGUUGGAUGUGAGUGCUGAUCCGGAGAAGGAUCGGGGGAGAAUCCGGAACUUUGAGGAGCAAGAGUUUGAGGCAUUCAAGAGGGUGAAGAGGGAGUUGUUUAGGGACAUGCCUUAUUUGAUUGUGAUUGAUAAUCUUGAGACUGAGAGGGAGUGGUGGGAAGGGAAGGAUUUACAUGACUUGAUCCCAAGGAACACAGGAGGGUCUCAUGUCAUCAUCACUAGUAGAUUGUCCAAGGUAAUGAAUUUCGACACAAUGCAGCUCCCACCAUUGCCGGUUUCAGAUGCAAUGGUUUUGAUUAGAGGGAGGAAAAAGAAAGAGUACCCUUCUGAGGAGUUGGAGUAUCUAAUGAAGUUUGAUGAGAAAUUGGGGAGGCUGAGCUUUGGUUUGUGGCUGGUUGGGUCACUGCUUUCGGAAUUAGCCAUUGCUCCUUCUGCUCUAUUUGAAGCUAUCAACCAAAUUCAACUUGAUGAUGGAUCACCUUGUCCUUACUUGAGCAUCACUGAAGAGCAGUACUGCAAAAACAAUCGUUUCCUGAUGAAAGUCUUGUCUUUUUGCUUCGCCGUGUUACAAGAAUCGAAGGGGAAAGCAAACGUUCUUGCCUCAAGAAUGCUUCUCGUUGGUGCCUGGUUUGCCCCAACUCCUAUUUCCUUGACUCUUCUUACCACUGCAGCUAAGAAUAUGCCUGCCACUAAAAGCCGGCUCAGGAAGUGGACUAAUUGCAUGAGUGUCACAUUUGGUUGCUUCACACCGCAAACAUGGAAGAAUACUGAAGAAGAUUCAGCCCUUCUUCUUGUUAAGUUAGGACUAGCGCGAACAGCCAAGAAGCCAUUCGGAAAUUGGAUUCAGUUUCAUCCCAUAACUCAGGUGUAUACAAAGCGGAAAGAAGGUUUAGUAGCUGCCAAGGCAACAGUUCAGGGCAUAAGGAAAAUUGGCAAUCCAUUGGUGAACUUAGACCAUCUGUGGGCUACUGCAUUCCUCGUUUUUGGGUUCAAAUCUGAGCCUCCUCUCGUCCAACUCAAGGCAAUCGACAUGGUUCUAUACAUAAAAAAGACGGCCCUCCCACUCGCAAUCAGGGCCUUCACAACCUUCUCCAGAUGCAACUCGGCAUUGGAACUCUUAAAGGUGUGCACAAACGUACUCGAGGAAGUGGAGAAGUCUUUCGUCUCCCAAAUACAAGAUUGGUGUCACGGCUCGCUGUGCUGGAAGAACAAGCUGCAAAGUAACCAGAGAGUGGACGAGUACGUAUGGCAAGACGUGACAUUGCUCAAAGCGACAUUGCUGGAGACGAGAGCGAAACUGCUUCUUCGGGGCGGUCAUUUCGACAGCGGGGAGGAGUUGUGCAGAACUUGCAUUAGUAUCAGAACAGUGAUGCUGGGUCACAACCACACUCAAACCUUGGCAGCUCAAGAGACCUUGGCAAAGCUAGUAAGAAUGAGGAGCAAGAUAUAA